AUGGAUCCGAUCUUAGAUGGCUUGAAUCAUGCCCAGCGCGAGGCUGUGACCUCAUCUGGAUCUAUUCUCCAAGUGCUUGCACCACCAGGUUCAGGCAAAACAAAGACAUUGACCGCGCGUGUCGCCUACCUUCUCUCACACCACGGAUACCAACCACAAGAUGUUAUCUGCUGUACAUUCACCAUUAAAGCCAGCCGUGAGAUGCGAGAGCGGCUGGCAAAACUUAUUGGUGAAAAGCUAGAAUCGCGAUUGAUUCUUGGGACGUUCCAUUCCAUCUGUCGUCGCUACUUGGUCAAGUAUGGAUACUUGAUCGGCUUGCGGAAGGGGUUUGGUAUCGCGGAUUCGGAUGACACCCGCGCAAUUAUGAGGAGGACUAUCAAACGCCUGAAGUCUAGCAUUGAACCCAAAGCAGCCCAAGGACGCAUUUCGCGGCACAAAGCACAUGGACUCAGCCCUGAUGCCCUGGCUGACAGAGCCAAGGCAGAGGAAUCGGAGCUUGUCGAUAUCUAUCGCGACUAUGAAUCGGCAUUGGCAGCUUCCAAUCUCCUAGAUUACGAUGAUCUCCUUCUGCGAUGUGGGGAUCUGCUACGAGCACACCCGCAAUGUGUGUCAAAUGUGCAGGCCGUUUUGGUGGAUGAGUUCCAGGAUACAAAUAUUAUCCAGUACGAACUAAUGAAUUUGUUUGCAUCGAAGAACCGACGGAUUACCAUCGUCGGAGAUCCAGAUCAAAGUAUAUACGGGUUUCGUUCUGCGGAGAUCCAGAACCUCAAGCGGAUGCAGCAGCGGUAUUCGAACACGACUAUUGUGCACUUGGCAGACAAUUACCGCUCUGCGGGUUCUAUUCUGAAUGCAGCCCAAGAAGUCAUUGAACAGGAUGAGAGUCGACCUGCAAAAGCUCUCCAGGCCACACACUCGUUCGGAACAUUGCCGGUAUUGCGGAGACUUCCGAAUCCCAACGCAGAGGCUCAGUGGAUGGUCCUCGAAAUUAAGCGAUGUGCAGCGAUGUCCGGUGGACUACUGCGCAUGUCUGACUUCGCUGUCUUGCUUCGAUCAGCUUCGCUAUCUACACAAAUUGAGACGGCAUUUGGCAGAGCAGGUAUACCAUACAAGAUGGUUGGAGGUCGCAAAUUCUUCGAUCGAACUGAAGUCAAAAUCCUUCUUAAUUAUAUGAGGGUUGUUAGCCACACGGGGCAUUCGGAUGCAUUGUUGAAUAUCGUGAAUGUUCCGCCGCGAAGGAUCGGCGACGAGACGAUCAAGCAAUUGACUAGCGGUGCGGAAAGGGCCCAAGUCCCACUGUGGAACUUCAUUAAGGACGUUAUCCAAGGUCGACGUUCAACUGAGAAGAAACUACAAAAAGCCGCAGAGCAGGGCCUUUGCGUUUUGGUCAAUUUGAUUGAAGCCUCUAGACAAAAAUUACAAGAGUGUGAUGAUGCAUCCGCUCCACGUCUGCUGAUUGAAUUCAUUGCCGAGCGUUUGUCGUUCCAGGAAUACCUCAUCAGAACAUAUCCACUUGACGAAGAUAGUCGCUGGGCGAAUGUCAAGGAACUUAUGCACCAAGCUACUGAAGUGGCUGCAUUUGAAGAGGAGGAGGUUGACAAAGAAAUGGACCUGCCCGAAAUCGAAGGCUUGCAGCAGCAGCAAGCACAUCCUGGCGAAGAAGCUCUCACUCGAUUCCUGGCAAAUGUUGCCUUGGCUACGGAGAUCACCACCAAAGAAGAUAAGAAGGAGGAGGAUCAACCUACUGAGAAAGUCACCAUCUCGACCAUCCACGCUGCUAAGGGCUUGGAGUGGCCAGUCAUCUUUGUUCCUGCGGUCUACAAUGGGAGUAUCCCUCAUUCUCGGGCGGAAGUGGUAGAAGAAGAGAGACGAUUGUUGUAUGUCGCGAUGACAAGAGCACAAGCGCUGCUGUACUUGAGUAUUCCUAUUCGGCAACCCCGACUAGGAGAAGGAGAAGAUGGCGCGACCACUUUAACGCCAUUCCUCCCUCCCAAGUUGACCAAAACACGCUUUCGGCAAACGGGGCCAUCACUCCAUGAGGAGGUGGUGUAUGCGAUUGCGGAUAUUCUCCGCCGGCCCCGACCAUCUUUGGAGGACAUCUACAAGGGCCUCGAUUUUCUUCCAUCGACACUGGAUGACCGGUGGACAGCCGAGGGCGAAGAAGAUCGCAGCAAAAUCGAUGACACGUCUACUUCUCGUGACGCCUCUGACGAGCCGAAUCCAAAGCGACGGCGCUCAGAUAUGCACCAAGGACCAACCUCGACCAUCUACAUGUCAUCGACAGGGUUUACGAUUCCUCCGACGGUCUCAUCGGGCUUUACAUCUGCUAGGGAUUACAUAGCGGCCAACCCCGAACCACCCGCGGAGUCAGCCUUAAAGCCCGCUGCAGAUGCAGCUGGAGCAAACAAGCCGAUCACGUCCAGCAGUGCAGGCCGCAAAGACGGGCUGACGCAAGCAAGCAUUUCCAACUUCUUCGCAGGCCCAGGAUCCUCCCAGAAGAGGGAACCAGUCCUACCUAGCCGCCGGCAGCCAUCAUCCACCGGCAGAUACGAGAUACCGCAAUUGCAAAGGCAGCAUCCAACAGCCAGAGGCAAUCUUGUCCCCUCUGCUCUCUCCACUCACCGUGUGCAACCGCGGCCACUCAUCCCAACGCGGCCAACGCUGGAGCCUACAAACGCUGAUGGCUACACGUGGCUGGCCGCUCCAUCCAAACCAACAACCUUGAACCCUGGCAGGACAUCGAUGACGCAGGAACAGAGCAGAAACAAUGGUGCCACAGGCGGGCCAGCCGGAGCAAGCGAGGCGAAGCUCGAAACAUCCACAGGCGGGUUCCAGGCGGCAUCCACGUUCCACACGACCACGAUGUCGAUGAUUCAACAAGCACCGCGACGGACGUUGGGAAUUCGGCGCAGCAUGAACGGGUGGCAAGAUCGGAUGAAGCGAGAGGGCGGUGGACAAUCGCACUGA